AUGUUGAAUGUAAGACCUAAGCUAUCAGCCUGGUUCGAAAGAGCAACGGUCUUGGGCGCUAUUCUUGAUAGUCAGUGCGUAUGGUCCCCUCGGAUAGCUCGAUGUCUCAAGCAUUGUUGUUAUCCUCUGCGGGGGCGGGCGCUGAUCAGUGUUCACGGAUUCCUCGAUAACGAGGGUAUGUCUCUCUACUCGACCAGAGCCCUAUGCACCGGUCAAUUGUCUGCCCUGCGCCGUGCGAAGGCGGGGCGCAUCAACGUGCUCCCAUGCGGGAGUCAGUACGCAGGGCAGCCCACGGCUAUUAGCCUCCAGCUAUCUAUUCUCAGCUUGCGGAUCGUCGUUGAGGAUGUUGUCCACCAUGGCCCCUCACUGGCGCAGAUCAUGAUAGUCGAUACCCCUCUUCCCGCCGCGGAUCACCUUUCCGCAUGCUUUCGAUGCACUCCGGCACCCGUCGCAGAUCGCGAACGGAGACCUGUGCACUGUGCACAGGCAUCGACGACCUUCUGGAGAAGCUGA